GUGCGCUCCGCGCCGUGUUUUCCGCGUAGCCGACGUGCUGCUCGUAGCCUGGUGGCUGCUCUUCGCUCGGCUGUUGUCCUGAUAUCACUCCGCUAGCAUGGAGGAGGGGAGCGCUUGAUUAUUGUGAUGGUGGCAGCUGCUGUACACAUUGGCGACUGUAGGAUUUCCUCUCCAGCGAUCGGGACUUUAAGAAACCGCACACCUUGUUCGCGUUCGGGGAGGGUUUAGCCUAACAAACUAAUGAAAUGCAAGUUCACGAAACAACUCCGGAGCGUGUUCGUAGCACACGGCAAAACUUUUUUCAAAAGGACAACACAAUAAAACGACGGGCUGAUGGUUGCGAGUAACAUCCGGAUGUUUGAUGGAGCUCCAGUAGAGGCGAGAGAGUAACAGUGACCCGGUCGCCUCUCUCGCACCUCCGUGGCCCCGCACUGUUGUCUUUAGUCUCGUAAACGGCUGUUAAAACAAUAUUGAAUGGUUGACACGGUGAUCCUCCCGAAGGAGGGAAGCCGCCACCGAGUAUUUACACUCUUUUGAAAGCUACUCAUUUCACUGUAUCUGUCUCCCUGGCGGAGCGGACUUUUGCCCCGAUUUGGAGAGGGGAGAGAGAGUCAGGGGGCUUGACAAAGUUCUUCCCAAAUCCUGUGUAUCCAGGCACAGAUGAUGGGAGAUUUUGCCAGCCCCGCUGCCGUGCCGCCCGGCGGCGGCAUUUGCAUUAAUAACAGUAACGUGAACUUAAACUCGGGCAUUAAUGCGACGAAUAGCGGCGCCGGCGGCAACGUCGGUAUACCGAAGCACAGCACGGUGGUCGAGCGGCUUCGGCAGCGGAUCGAGGGCUGCCGGAGGCACCACGUCAGCUGCGAGAACCGAUACCAGCAAGCGCACGCCGAGCAACUGGAGCUGGAACGCCGGGAGACGGUGAGUCUCUACCAGCGGAGUUUAGAGCAGCGGGCCAAGAAAUCCAGCAACAGCAAACAACAAAACAAGCAACAAGACCCCGACUCGAGCGCAACCACCGAGCAGAGGAAUAACACACUAAUCGCGCUCCAGGAGACAGUGAAGAGGAAAUUGGACAGUGCCCGGUCUCCAUUAAAUGGUGACCAAAAUGGCCUCAGUGAUGGGAGCUACUCUCCCACUACAAAGAGACUCCGUAAGGAAGGAUGCACUGGAAUGGACUCGCUCGGCAGCCUCCCGCCCAUUUCUCCACUUCAUCAAAUGGACAUCAAGCCCACCUUGCCCUUGGGCAACAACGGUGCCGCAUCAAACAAUGGAACUGGCAAUGGCAAUGUUGGCACCAACCACAUUACCGGACGACAGGAGGAUUUAGGCAAGAACGGUGGAAUGCCUGAUAUUAAACUUAAUGGUUCGUUGGAUUUGGAUGACGGCUUCAGCCUGCUAAAGGACAUGAAACAGGAGCCUUUGGACGACGGUGGUGGAAUCGAAUCCUCGGAUACUUCGCUUUCAAAUCAAAACAAGCUAUUCUCUGACAUCAAUCUGAAUGACCAGGAAUGGCAGGAGUUGAUUGAUGAGCUGGCUAAUACCGUGCCUGAGGAUGACAUGCACGACCUCUUCAACGAGGACUUUGAGGAGAAAAAGGAGGUGAGCGACUUCACACGGGCCACGACGGAACAAACGCAGAUUGCACAAGACCCAGCACCUAACCCUGUAGCUACGGCACCCAGCAGUACACAGCAACCACAGAGUGGCCAGAUGCCCAUGGGGUCACCUCAGGUGCGACCGUCGUCUUCUGGUCCCCCAUUUGCGACUGCCGCCAGUGGCACGCCGCCCCAGCAACCUUUGCAGCAGUCACCAGCAGUUGGAAUGCCAUCGGGAUCGCCCGCUAACUGUGUGGCUCGUUCUCCGCAAACGCCCACCCAAGCUCAGACCCAGACCUCGAGGCCUGGGAAUGGAUUUAUGAUGAACGCAGGUCCAGGUGUCGGCCCUGUGGGAUCAACCCAGGUAACAGCAGGGGGCCCCAGCGGAGGAGGCACAGGUGGAGCCGUACCAGUUCCACCCACCUCUGAACUCUCGCCUGCCGAGCAGCUGAAGCAAAUGGCCGCUCAGCAGCAGCAACGGGCCAAGCUCAUCCAACAAAAGCACCAACAACAGUCCCAAGCAGCGAACUGGUCACCUGCAGGAGCACCAACAAGCCCGUAUAGUGGACCCUUUAACCCAGAUAAACCAAAUAGCCCCAUGAUGUACCCGCAGACUUUUAACACUGCCAAUACAAUGGGGCCAAAAACACCAAGCAUGAACAACUACCUCCCACAGAACCACAUGAACAUGCUUAACCAGCAACAGCAGCAGCAGCAGCAACCUAAUAACUUGGCUGCCCAAAACAACCUCAAUAAGCAGCUCUCCUAUAGCAACACCAAGCCGCUGACUCAUUUCAGUGGUGUAGACCAUAUGAGUCAGCGGAUGACGCCGCCCAUGGCCAAUCAAGCCAAAAACCCAAUGAUGCCCUACAUGCAGAGCACCGCAGGGCAGGGGGGUGGACCGCCACAAGCUCCAGGGCCAAUGCCCAACCAGACAGCCCAUCUAAGUGAGGAACAGAAGAGGAUGUUGAUGAUAAAAAAAGUGAUGAGUCAAGGCUUACCGUAUGGCUCUAUGCAGCCACACGUACAGGAUCAAGGAGUGGUUGGGCUGCCGCGGCAGACGGGUGGAGUCCAGCCACCUCACGGAGCACCAGGGGGCGUGGCCUCAGCUGGGCCUAAUGGGACGGGGCCUGGCGGUUAUAUGGGCAAUCCGCAGCAGCAGCAGCAGGCGGCCAUGAUGAAGCAGAUGAUAGCUAUGGAGCAAGAGAAGAGAGCCCAGCUACAUCUGAUGGAGCAGCAGAAAGCCCAGCUGAUGAGAGAGAGACAGCAACACCAGCAACAGCAUAUGCUGGCAGAACAGUUGCAGCAACAGCAGCAUCUCCCGAGACAGAUGAGUCAGGCGCAGAGGAAUCCAUAUCCACUCCAGCAGUUUCAAGGCACGUCCCAGGAGAUGGUGGCGAGGAACCAGACGCUACAGAACCUGCGGAACACUCGACUUAUGCAGCAACAGCAGCAACAGAACCCUGGAAUCCUCCAGAUGACGCCCGUACAGAAUUCUGCCGCCAUGCCCUCACAAGGAGACAUGAGCAUGGCGUACGGUGGCCAGACGGGUGCACAAACAGGCAUGUACCAGGGCAUGAACCCGGGCAUGGGCCAAAUGCUUCAGCAGCAACAGCAGCACCAUCCCAACCAGACGGGCAUGGCGAUGGCGCAGAGACAGGCGGGCGCUGUCGGGCAGGGGAUGGUCGCCGGAGGGGCAGGAGGCGUUUACGGACAGGGAAUGCUUAUAAACCCUGCGCUCUCACAGCAGCAAAUGAAAGCAGGCGCCGUCGCCCCCGGUGGGCAGCCGAUGGCCAAAUCCCAGGUUCAGAGACUGCAAAGCAUGAUGGGAGGUGGAGGUCAGACGUGGCCUCAGCAACAGCAGCAGCAGCAGCAGCAAAAUAUGCAGGCCAUGGGUGGCAGGACUUCAAAUGACAUGGUGGCGUUUAACAGCAAUCCUGCCUAUGCAAUGCAAGGUGGGCAGCCUCCUAGGAUGGCCAAGCAGCAUUUCGGGCAAGCCAUGGGUGGGCAGACUAUGGUGGACCCACGCUCUAUAAACCCAGCAGCAAUGGGUGGGCCCAUGAUGCCACACAUGGCAGGGCAGCCAAGGACCAACCAGCCACGGGGUAUGGUGAUGGCGGGCAUGAACCAGGGCGUGCCCAACAUGACCGCUUUCGGACAGGGCUCAGGGCCUCAGGGCAUGCCGGGUGCAUCAGGUGGGGGAGGGCCGUACAUGCCGGGCGGUCAGCCUCAGGGCUACCAGAGGACGUCCAAUCAGGACCUGGCGUACGGUUACGGCAGCCAAUCGGGGGCUGGGGCUGGAGUUUCGUUCGGCCUGUCGGAUGGGACAGAUUUGGAUACAACGGAAGGUUGGAUGGAAGAGUUUUUCCCCAACCAAUAGCCUACAGAUUUUUUUUUGAUAGGACAAUUUCAUGGGAAAUGUGAUUUCUUUUUUUUUAUUACAUGGUCAACAAUUCUAAACAAUAUAUUACAUGUCGUGUAUUACAUGUGUGUGAUGUCACAAUAUUUAAACCAACUCCUCUCUGUUUGGGUGGUCGCUUCUCACGUAAGAAUCCAGGCUUUUAUGUUGUAAUUCCUUUUUUUUCUUUUAAAACAGCAUUUUAGCUGCUUCACAAUUGAAUUUUAUCCAUUUUUUCCCUUUGUCCUUAAGUUGUGUAAAGGGCAAGAGGCACUGAAACCUGCAAAAUGAUAUUAGAAAAGAUUUUAUAGACCAACUUUGUCUUGUUUUCAAUUCCUUCAUUUGUUUCAUGAAAAACUACAGGUAUACGGGAAUUUGGGGUGGGCUUUUGUCAACUAUAGAUCGCUUUUUCAAACCCAAACAAUUCAACACACCUCCUCUCAUCCCUCUGUAUCACAUGUCUGUUCUCUCUCUUGACGUGUUGUGAUCCUCUGCAUUUGAUCCGCUUUGUGUGCUUGGUGCUGUGUAUGUGUGCUUUGCACUAUGAGCAUCACAACAAACACAUCAGACUGUUUGCUCUAAGUGCAUGCAAGAUGGAUGCUCUGCUGUCGCUAGGCAACCAGCGAAGAGUGUAGCUGUGUGUGUGUGUGCGUUAAUAUCGCUCAAAGAGAUUUGGCAGCUACAAACUUCUCUCUCCCCUCUGUAAAACUGUGAGACAGAGAUGUUUUCUUUAGUCACAAUGGCAGCUAGAGAGGAAUACAACCAUAACGUCAACUCGUUCGGAUCAAAACGGAUUAAUGGCGGUUUAAUGUAACACCCCACACACAAUUGCAAAGGUUGUCAAAUAAUCUGAGACGAAUUUAGUGUUUUGAUUUAGUGUCCGAAACAUCUGUUCUUCAAACCUUUAAGACUUGCAUCAUUCUUUUUUUGUUUUUAAAAAGUAAUUGCUUGUGAACACGCAGGUUAAAAAAUACAAAAGGGAAAAACAGACCGUACAUACUGUAUUUCAUUUUAUGGUUCACACCACUUAUCUUUCAUUUGACCAAAUAAAUAAACAUUUGCUAGUUGAUUUUUGAUCACACAAAAUUUCUUCAAGCUCCCCCAAGAUACCGACGCCGCGAUAACUUUGUUACUGUCUAAAAUUUAAACUUGACAUAGAUUUACUUUAUUUUUACACAUUAGCCUCUGGUACUCUGGUACAAUAUUUUUUUGUACAAACCAUCUCGUACGUUACCUAAAUUUCCUUAGUGUUCAGUGAGUUUUAAUCUGGUCUCAUUUCAAGUGUUCAAAAUGAAAAGGCAUCGUGUAAGUUCUCAGCUAGUUUGACUGACUUUGUUGAAAUGCCACAUGAAUAUCAGUUUUUCUCCUCUGUAGUGUUGCUGUAUGAUGUCAUAGUUAUGGUGUCUAGUUCUCUGUUAUCAAACUCUAUUUAAAGUCCAGUCUGAUUGUUUCAGCUCUCUGAGGAAUGUAACAUUGUGACUGACUUGCCCUGGUUACUUUUUUUUUUGGCGACACAAAACGUUUUCAUUUUUGUCUUAAUGGGAUACAUUCACAAAUACAGUGUUUGAUGUUAUAUUGUUGCAAAGGGAGGAGGUGAGGUCCAUUUUGUCUCACCAAAUAUCACCAAUCCGGGACCAAGUUUAAGAUUAAUGCGAUGUUUGAUUUUUGUUGAAGACAUCAAUCUUUUACUCUUCUUUUUUAUUUCAUACUGGUGCUGACAUAUAUGUGAUGGAAAAAUAUAUAUAUCAGAUACAGUUAUUUGUAAAUAUGUUUUUACAGUUUUAAAUACACCAGAGGAUAUGUCUCUACUCACUGUAAAGAUAUUGCUGUUUGUUGAAGAUAGAGAAGUAUUUUUAUUUCAUCUUUUUUCCACUUUUAAACUCAUCUGAGCUAUACCAUUGCACUUCAGACAAUGUCUUACUACUAAUUUGUAAUGUAAACCUCCUCUAAUUUUUAUUUUGAAGGUUUUUUUUUCUAGUUUUAAGAUUUUACUCUGUAUCUAGAGCAGUGCUUUUUUCGUUUUCCAUGUACAGAAUUAUGUAAAUGGUAUUGCCAGAGUUACAGCAAAGAAAUUGUUUUUCAGAAAAAAUACAUUAAAGAGAUUGAUCAUUAAAAAUGUUCUCCCUGAUCAGAUAU